UAAUAGCAACAACAACAACAGUUGCUCUCGGUUUUCGGUUGUCGUCGUCGUCGCGUUCGCAAUUGUCGCGUUGUCGUCGUAAUUUGUCAGUUCGUCAGGGUAUUGCACCUGAAACGGUUGUCGUCGUACGUUCGUUAGGGUACUGCAACGGUCGGUAUCGCACCUGAAACAGUUGCAACCUGUCGGUAUUGCAACUGGAACGGUUGUGUUCGGCAGUUCGUUAGGAUACUGCACCAGGAACGGUCGCUAUGUAUCGUCGUCGUCGCCUGGCGGCCGCAAGUUUCAUCUUUGAAGUGGGCAAAUCGACAGCAGCAACAAUUGCAACCAAACAGCAGCAACAACAACAGCCACAACAGCAACAUACAGUGUUUAGCGACAACGGCAACAACUAGUUGCACAGAUAUAAGCAAACCAAUAAAAACAAUUAUAAAUAAACAAUUUGACCAUAUUUUAAACAUUUAUUAAAAAACCAAAUCAAAUACCUUUUAAUUAUUUCCCAAAAAUAAUCCAAGUAUUGUCAGCAAUCUGGAUUAUUUGCUGAAAACUUUGCGCACGCUGAAAUCCAAUUCGAUUAUGGCCGAGAAUCAAAGCGCUGCCAACGAAGAUUCCGGUCAGCAACAGCAACAACAUACACAGCAGCAACAAGUAGCAGUAGCAAGCGCAGCAGCAGCAACAAUUGCUAAUAGCGGCCAAGCAAGCGGCAGCAACUCGGCCGCCUCAUCGCCCGAAAACUCGCAAGAAUCCCACAGCAUUGUAGCAAACACAGCAGCAACAGUAGCAGCAGCAACAACCACCACAACAACAGCAGCCACACGCCGGCAACAGUCCACUCAGGAACAGCAGCAACGCGCCAGCAGCAACAACAUGUUUGAUCGUCACGUUAAUGCCAAGUUAAAGCCAACAGGUGGCAACCCUAGCGGUGGUGGUGGCAACACAGCGCCAGCACGUCGCAAUUCCAUACAAACAGCAGCGCGUGGUGCUAGCAUGGUCAGCACCACCAGCAUUAAGAAACCACCGCUGACCAAGGUGAAUUCACUGGGCGGCACCGGGCACCAUCAUCAUCAUCAUUUGCACAGCAACAACAGCAACAGUAGCAGUAACAACAGCAACAACAUACAGCGCACUACCAGCGAAAGUUUGCGUUUAAAUGCGCUCAAUCGCGGCGCUGCUGCAGCUGCUGCUGUCGAGGCAGCUGCAACAGCAGCGGCAGCAGCAACAACAACAGCUGCUGCUGUGUCGCGUGCCGCAAGCAAUUUAACGCUUAACAGCAGCGCCUCGAGUGUUUCAUUGGCGCCCAAGUCGAGCAGCAGCAACAACACGGCGGCAACUACUACCAGCAGCAACAGCAGCAGCAGCAACAACAGUAGUAACAACAGCAAGGCCAGCUCGCCCAAUAACAAUGGUGCAACUGCAACACGUGGCAACAGCCAGCAGCAGCAACAGCCAGCACCGCAGCAACAUCAUCAUCAUGCGCACCACCAUCAUCAUCAACAUCAUCAUCAUCAUCAUCAGCAGCAGCAGCAAAGUCACAGUCAAGGACAUCAGCCAACAACAUCAGCAACAGCUGCUGGUGGUGGUGUUGCAACUGCUGGCGGCAACAAUCGCAAACCAAAGACGACUUCCUCAUUUCAAAUCACCUCCGUGACGGUGGGUCAUGCCAAAUUAAAUGCCGCCGGUGAUACAGGCGAUGAAAGCGCCGAUGAUUUGGAUGAAUCUCAUACAGACGACAAUAGUCGCAUCACCGAUCUGGAGAAUGAGAAUGAGACACCGUCAAUGUCCGAGGAUACAUUCUCCAAGGAGGAAGUGUAUUACGCCAACAAUGCAUUGAGCACCACAGCACCUGUAAUACCCACCAGUUCACAGUACGGACUGGUUGUGAUGGAUCCUCCUGCAAAUCAGCAUCAGAGCAUGCAGAAUGUACAGCUGAAUGUUGGUGAUAAUAUUAUCAAUGUGGUCACGCCUGGGAGCAACAAAAAAAAGGACGACUUGAAGGAGCAACAGCAACAUAGGAGUGAAAGAUUUAAGGUGGUUAAAAUUGAGUCAACGGAACCAUUUAAACGUGGUCGUUGGAUGUGUAUGGAUUACUUGGAUCACUCCAGCGUCGGAGCGGCCAACAACAAUGAAAAGACUGCUAACACGGAGGCAACAGCGGCAGGUGUUGCUGCUGACGAUGCAACAUUGCCGCCAAAGACAACACAGAGCAUGAUACUGCCGCCAACAAUGUUACAUGAGAAUCAUGUGGAAGCUGCUUCAGCAGAUGCCAAUUGGAAUUUUGCCGAGCAUCAGCAACAGUCACAGCAGCAGCAGCAGCAAUCACAGCAGCAGCAGCAACAACAGUUGCAAGCGACAGCAACAGUUGCUGCGGCACAACAGCUAAGUGCCACGCCCAGUGGUGUCAUGACAGCACCUGCCACAGUGGUGCAUGGCAUGCAACAGUUUGUUGCUGAUGCGCAACACCAACAUCAGCAGCAACAACAACAACAGCUCUAUGAUAGUGUUAAUGCCAAUGCUGCCACGCCCUCUGAGGGCACGCCCCAUGGUCAAACAUUGCCGAUGGAUUAUGCAACGGCAGCAGCACAGCAGCUGCAACAGUCGCUGCAGCAAUUAAAGCAACAGGAGCAACAGGCAGCAGCAGCAACAGUUGCUUAUUUGCCAGCCAACAGCAGCACCAGCAACAACACCAAUACCACUACUACUACUAACAACAACAACAACAAUGCGACAGCAGCAACUGUUGCUGUGAGUGAGCCGCAGCUGGCAGCAAUGAGCAGCAGUUAUGUGGAACAGCAACAACAACAACAACCAUUGUCGCCGGUCUCACAGACGCCACAGAUCGCGCCCACAUUUGCAGCUGUUGCUGCCGGGCAACAACAGCCGCCGCCGUCGGCAAAUUUCCAGCUGGAGCAACAGCAACAACAGCAGCAGCAACAACAGCAGCCAACAUCGCAAAUUGAUGGUGUUGCACCAGUGUUUCCAGCAGCAACAAUUGCCGUUGCAGCCGCAACUCCAACAUCACAGACUUCAAACACUUCCACAAGCAUAGCAGCAACAGCAGCAGCAACCACCUCAGCAACUGUUGCAGCAGUAACUGUACAGACUCAGGGACAAACAUUGCCAUUGCUGUCGCACGUGAGCAACUAUGAGUCAUCAGCUGGCGCUAGUGCAGCAACAGCAUCAGCUGCCGCUGCUGCUGGCAUACCAACAUUGCAGCUGCAAAGUGCACCGGCAACAAUUGCUGAUGUGCAGCAAAUGUUAGUCCUGGAUGAGCAAUCACAACAGCAAUCAGCAGCAGCAGCAGCAACACAACCCCAACAACAGAUUCCGCCAACAAAUAUCGCGAGUGUUAGUGCCAAUAAUAAUAAUGUGAAUUUAACAACAGCAGCAGCAGCAACCACAACAACAGCAACAGCAGACGCAACAUCGCUCGCUUUGAGCGAUGAACAACAAUCGACAUCAACGGCAAUAGCAGCAGCAACAACUGCCGCCACAGCAGCAACAGCAACAUCGACAGCAGCACAGAUACAACAGCUACAACAGCAACCAAAUGCAGAAUCCGAGACUGAAAGCUUUGCUGUUGCCACGUCCACUAGCAGCAGCAGCAAUCGCAAGCGCGCCUUUAGCAAUCCUCACAUUGCCACAUGCCACAUGCCACACAUGCAACCGAAUCAGCUUUAUUACUACGAUAAAUCGCGAUCGGGACGCAGCUCCUUUUGUCUGAACGAAUCGUUGUGGCCCAACAGCAACAACAGCAGCAACACAACAGCAACAUCAGCAACAGCAGCAACUGUUGCCAGCAGUGAGGGCAACCUAUUUGCAACAUCAACAACAACAACAAUGAUUAACAACCAGGAGGAUGAUCCCGAUGAGGCAGUCGAUCAAUUUUCACCAACACUGUACAAUCGUUUGACGGGACAGCCGAUAACGUUAAGUCGUGCGAUUCCGAUACCAAACAGCAGCAGCAGUGCCGACAAUAGUCCGCAACAUCAUCAUUAUUAUCAUCAUCUGCAUCAUCAUCAUCAGCAGCAGCAGCAACAGCAACAACAACAUCAUCAGCAACGUUCUUUGAGCACAGGUUGUGCUGCACCAGCAACUGUUGCUGCCGUUGGUUACAUGGCUUUCAGUGCGAGUCCAACAACGGGAUUUGUUCACGCCUAUUCACCGUUCUAUGGCAGCUCACCGGAUACUCCAUGCCAAACACCAAUGGGUUUCUUUAGCUAUGAUCCGGAGUUUGGACCGGGUAUACAUCGAUUGCAGGUGCCAAACAACAGCACCAACAACAAUAGCAACAACAACAACAGACGCAAUUCGAGAUCGUCGCUGGAUUGUGCCACAGUUAUGGCCGUCGACAGUGCAUCUGGAACAAGUGCAGUUGCGAUUGACAACAAAAUCGAACAGGCAAUGGUAAGCAAACAUAAUCAAAACAAUAAUAAAUGAAAUCACACAUGGUCUGCGUAAGUCAAUUAGUUUCUUAUAAAAGAUAGCAAAUUGAAAUUUUUCCAGACAAUUGUCAAUGCUCUCAAUGAAUUUCAAUAAAGAAUAAAGUAAUAUUCCAUAGAAAAGAAAUCAAUUGAAUAGUUUAAAAAGCAACGAGAACUAUGAAGUUGAUCAUUAGAGAGGGGGGAUCGAUCAAAACAACAUAAAAAUCUGUAGACGAUUGCCAAAAAUAGCUAUAAAGAACGCAGCAAAACAAAAGCAACAAGAAACAUAGGGAGAAUGAUAGAAUAACAAGCAAAACUGAAAACUUUGGCUAGCAAAACAAAAUAUGUAAUUAAAAUAUUUCGCAUUAACUAUGCGAUGAGGCGAUGAGAUGGUAUGACAUGCGAGGGCUGUUUAAAAGAUAGUUGAUUAGGUGUCUCAGACGAAAUCCGAAUAUAUUUAAAGAUAUGUAGGAAAAAGAAAUAAAAAUGUAGGAUGUCAAAGUAAGGAAGAAAGAUGAACAUUAGAACGGUUAGUUUUGUGACAGCCCUCGCGUAUAUCAUCAGAUCAUCAGACUUCCACACUGUAAAUAGGGUCGAAUAUAGUAUGAAAUAAUAGGAGUCUCUGCUAUUGUGUUUUCGCCUUCAAUCAUUGGCCUUGAAUAAUUCAUGAUAACUCUUCUUUUUCCUUUUAUUUUCUGCCUUCUUUUUGCUGUUGUUGUUGUGUUUGGUGAGCCUUUUGUUGUGAUUAUUGUGGUGCCCUGUUAAAAUUUUCAUUAAUUUUUCAGCGCGUUCUUUGCAUGUAUUUUUCAUUCCUCUUUGGCAGCUUAUUUGUUUACGAACUAUUUGCGUUAGCAUAGAGCCCAAAGUUGAAAGCGAAAGAAUGAAUGACAGAGAGUUAAAAGAGAGAUAGAGAGAGGAAUAACGAACGGGAAGUAUUUGGGGAGUGCUGUAAUGUGAUAAGCAAAGCUCUUUUGGGACCAUAAAUAGUGUCGUAG